AUCAAAAUCUAUUGCACUCUUUAAAAUAAAAUAAAAACAGUUUCUUUAUAAAGAAGUACAACCCGGAAUUGGAUUCGAAGAAAACACAAUCUCUCUGUCUACUGCCCCCUUCUAGUUUCGGCCCAGUCAAAUAUGCAGUUAUCAUCGGUUGCUUAAAUGGGCCUACAAAUUAAUCGUAACACACAUUUUCUACGCGAUUUUUUCUUCUCUUUGGUUUCAAAUCGAUUAUUCGAUAAAGAUUCCUAACAUAGUAGCGACAAACUUGUCAAAACAUCAAUCAAUAUUAUCAACUUUAUAGUAUUUUCUAAAUGGCACAAAAUCUGGUUCCUGCAUAGCCAAACCGUUUCGUACUACUUUUGAUAAAACAAACUAAAAGCAAAUGAUUAAACAAUUAACGAAGAGUACGACUUAAUUAAUCGGAAUUUAAUUACAUCCAUUACCUUCUCCUUGUGUACGUUACCAGUUAUCUUCUAAGUGUCACGCGAGAAACCUGAUGAUGCCUAUAAAGCAAAGACGUCUUGUAGUAUAAGAUUUUCAAAGCAAAACAAGAAACAUGAUCAAACUAUUAACCAUGCACGAGCUAAUCGGAAUAUUUGCAUCCAUUACCCUCCUCAUAUAUGUUGCAUGUCUCUUUCACACCAAACGACGUCGUGUGAACCUGCCUCCGGGACCAAAUCCAUGGCCAGUGAUAGGCAACAUGUUUCAGCUGGCUGGUUUACCGCCGCACCACUCAUUGACUAAUCUUUCGCGGCGUCACGGACCUAUCAUGACUUUGCGGCUCGGCUCGAUGCUGACGGUUGUGAUCUCUUCGAGCGAAGUGGCUCGGGAGAUUUUGAAGAAGCACGACGCAGCUUUGGCUGGUCGGAAGAUUUAUGAGGCGAUGAAAGGAGGGAAGAGUAGUGAUGGCUCGCUGAUCACGGCUCAGUACGGUCCGUAUUGGCGGAUGCUGCGUCGGCUCUGUACCACUCAGUUCUUUGUCACGCGCCGUCUUGAUGCUAUGAGUGACGUACGCUCUAGGUGCGUCGAUCAGAUGCUUAGGUUCGUGGAGGAGGGCGGUCAAAACGGUACAAAAACUAUCGACGUGGGGAGAUAUUUCUUCUUGAUGGCAUUUAACCUCAUAGGAAACCUUAUGUUCUCAAGAGAUUUGCUUGAUCCCGAUUCAAAAAGAGGCUCCGAGUUUUUAUACCACACCGGAAAAGUGAUGGAGUUCGCUGGAAAACCCAACGUUGCCGAUUUCUUUCCACUCCUAAGGUUUAUUGACCCACAAGGCAUCAGAAGAAAAACGCAGUUUCACGUGGAACGCGCGUUUGAGAUCGCCGGAGAGUUUAUCAAAGAAAGAGCUGAGGUUAGGGAGAGAGAAAGGAGCGAUGAGAAAACGAAGGAUUACUUAGAUGUUCUUCUCGGGUUUCGCGGUGGCGAUGGAGUUGACGAAGAACCUGCUAGGUUCUCUGCAAGAGAUAUCAACGUUACUGUUUUCGAAAUGUUUACGGCGGGGACGGACACAACAACGAGCACGUUGGAGUGGGCAUUAGCUGAGCUACUACACAACCCAAGAACCCUAACCAAACUUCAAAACCUACUCCGAACCUACUUCAAGUCCCCGAACCAGAAACUCCAAGAGGAACACCUCCCGAACCUUCCGUAUCUCUCGGCGGUCAUCAUGGAAACCCUAAGGCUUCAUCCACCUCUUCCUUUCCUGGUCCCACACAAGGCCAUGUCCACUUGUCACAUCUUCGACAAAUACACUAUCCCUAAAGAAACACAAGUCUUGGUCAAUGUUUGGGCCAUUGGUCGUGACCCUGCAACAUGGGUGGACCCGAAUAUGUUCAAACCCGAGAGAUUUAUAACCGACCCGAAUCCAAGAGACUUCAAAGGACAAGAUUACGAGUUCUUACCGUUCGGGUCGGGACGAAGGAUGUGUCCGGCUUUGCCUUUGGCGUCACGGGUGUUGCCGUUGGCGAUUGGGUCUAUGGUGAGAUCGUUUGAUUGGGCCUUAGCUGAUGGCCUCAAGGGAGAAGAAAUGGAUAUGGGAGAAAAGAUUGGUAUUACAUUGAAGAAAGCUGUUCCUUUGGAAGCGAUUCCCAUUCCUUAUCGAGGGGAUUAGAUUUGGGCAUGCUUCUGGCGAUGUAUAGUUUAACACUUCAAUCAUCAAAACCGGAUCCAAUAAGCAUAUACUCCCAAUAAAACGGAUCUAAAAUGUGAGUAGUUAUUUAAGUUUGUUUUGGAGAAUUUGAUUGACGAUAUAGUUGAUCUAGUUGUUAAGUUGAUCACAUUUGUCGUUAUCUUGUCUUUUUUUUUUGUUGGUUGGAAAUAAAAACUAAAUAUUUUGUUUUUAAAUAGCUAUUGUGCUUACA